AUGCCUUCCAAUGCCUAUGAUCCACUGUUCGCCAAUACAACAUUGGACAGAGGAGCUCUGCCGGUCGUGUUGGGAUACAUUGGUGCUGCCAUCACAGUACUGGUUACCUUGAUCCGAGUGUUUUUGACGCUCGCGAAGAAGCAUGAGCUUCGCAGCGAUGACUACUUCUUCUUGUCCGCUGCGGUUCUGGCCUUGGUCUCAAGCAUAACCCUCGAACGCUCAGUAGACGAAGGUCUCGGACGGCAUGCAGACACCUUGAACGGCAGCCAAUUGACCGAUCUUGUCCGCUUCAGCUUCGCGACGAAUCUGGUAGGCAUCUUCGCGCAAGCCACAGCCAAGAUAUCAGUGGCCUUCCUCUUCGAGCGCAUCGCACCACGACAGGACAAACGAGGCAUCGCGAUCCUGCUAGGAUGCAUUUGUGCCUGGGCCAUCUUCGCCAUCUUCGGAACCGCCUUCGCAUGUUCAUUACACCCUUCCGCAACAGCGAAAUGUGGUGCGGGAGCCUAUGUCAUCUUUCCGAUUGUCGUCACGGAUCUUAUCACCGAUGCUAUGUUAGCUCUGUGGAUGGUGCCUAGGCUCUGGAAGCUCCAGGCUAAUUUCCAGCAUCGAUUCAUACCUAUUAUGCUUAUGUCAUCGAGACUACUGGUGUGCUUUGCGGAGAUUGGGCUCCUAGUCACACUAGGCCAGCAGAGCAGUACCUUUGACCAAGACUCACCAGACUACUCAUGGGAACAGACUACGACCGCCGCAGUAGCCAUCUGCGUCGUCCACCUCUCGGUCAUCACCGCCACCGUCCCCCGAAUCAACAGCUUCGUCGCCGACGUCCAGACCAAAAAAGCCGGUCUAGCUUUCACACAACGGGAUUACGAGCUCUACCAAUCCGCAUCCAAAUCCGGCUCGCACAACCUCUCCAACAAUCGAAGUAAUAAUCGCUCACCUGGCCCCUCAAAUAACCGUUCUCACAUCCGAAGUGCGGCGGAAGUGUUGCAUGGCAUGAAUAGCAGUUUCAGACCGGACAGGCAGUUUGAAAUGAGGAAUCAAUUUCAUGGUGGCGGUGGGAGGAGGAGUGACAGUGGUGGGGAUGCGAUCGAGAUGGAUGUUAGGGAUGCUGUGGAGACGAGUAGUCAGAGCUCCCUGAAGAAGAACGCGGUGUAUCAUAAGACGGAGUUUACGUGGGAGGAGGAGUAUACUGGGUCUUCGAAAGAUCAUCGAUAG